AUGAGAGUUAAAAUAUAAAGUUGGAAUGCUUUAGCAACUUGGGUUUGGGACAUUGAAAAUGAAGAAAUGUGUGCAAUUUGUAGACAGCCAUUUGAGUCUCCCUGCCCUAAAUGCAAAAUGCCUGGAGAUGACUGUGUUCCAAUUGCAGGAGAAUGCAAUCAUCAUUUUCAUAUGCAUUGUAUUAUUAGAUGGAUAGAAGAAGGUUCUGAUAAAUGUCCUCUUGAUAGAUCUAAAUGGGUUUUUAAAAACUGA